AUCCCCCUCCUAUUAUAUACAAUUCGCGAUCCCUGAGCAAAGCCUCACCCCCCCCCACCCCCCAUCCCCCAUGGUAUCAAAGAAGUGGUAGGGAGUGGUGGUGGACUACUAGGUUAUACAUUUCGCCGCUGCUCUUGAGUUUCGCUUCCGGAACUGUCCCCCGGCAAAGCGAUGCAAAACCCAUUCUUUUUAGGGCAGAAGAGCCACUCGAAGCGGAGAGCGCCCGAUCCGUCCCCCCCUCGCUGAAACGGAUCGACCCGGCAUCUCUCCCUCCGACCUGUUUCGGAGGGGCUUCGUUCAAAUGCGAUGGGAGGAGAGGCUCCUCACCUUUCCAAACUACCUUGACCUCGCGGGGGAGAACGGAGCAGCAGCGGCACAGCGCUACCUUCCCGCGAAGAGGCGGAGGAGCAGAGCAUCCUCCGUCCUCGGCGCUCCAGGAUGCCAUCCGAAGGUGUGCAGUGGGUCAGUUGCCCAGCCUUCUGCAGGCCUCGCUAAUCUGGCAGGAACAGGAUCCAGAGCAGCCGGUGUUCAUUCAGUUCUGGGAAGGAGUCUGCUAAAUUGAACACAUCCCUUUUCCAAUGAUCAUUUUGGCUCAUAAGUGAAGAGAAAACUUACUUUAGAAGAUAACAGAAGACGUCAACAAGAUGCCCAGUGAGAGAGCUCAGAAUAACUGUGGGCCAGAAGCCCAAAUUUCUGGGGAGAGCAAGAGCAGGAUGCAAAGCCCUCCUUGUAACACUUCACACAGGGCUGUGGCUACGGCUGUGACCUUUGAGGGAGAAGCCAGUACUGAAAAAAGGAAAAAGAGGAGGAAAGAGCCCAGGCCAGAAUCAAUCAUUGUUUAUCGGUCAGGGACUGAAAACAAGGUGGAAGAAGAACAGGCAGAGGAGGACGGGGGUGAGAGAAGUUCUGAGGAAGGCUCCAAAUUUUUGGGACACACUCUAGGAGAUGGUUCAUGGGCUAUGCCUUUAGAUAGCAGGUAUGUUACUUUAACCGGAACCAUCACAAGAGGAAAGAAGAAAGGGCAGAUGGUAGACAUCCAUGUUACACUCACCGAUAAAGAGCUGCAAGAACUGGCUCGGUCAAAGGAGCUUCCAAAAACAGAAAUGCCUGAAGGAAAAAAGGCUUGUGAAGUUGGGAUGGAUAAAGGCCCCCAUGUUCUUCUCUGGAGCCUUGCCUGCCUCCCUAUUAUCUUCAUUAUGUCCUUUGUUGUUUCCUUUUACUACGGGACCAUUACUUGGUACAAUGUCUUCUUGGUGUACAAUGAAGAGAGGACCUUUUGGCACAAGAUCACCUUCUGCCCAUUUCUAAUUAUCUUCUAUCCUAUCAUCAUCAUGGUAGUUUCUUUCUCUUUGGGCAUUUAUGCAGCAAUAACUCAAGUCUCUUGGGCCUUUGGAGACUGGUGGCAUGCGGUGAGGGAUAUGGAAAAAGGAUUUUGUGGCUGGCUCUGCAGCAAGAUAGGCCUGGAAGAUUGUUCUCCAUAUAGCAUUGUUGAGUUGCUAGAUUCAGACAAUGUCUCAGGUAGUCUGUCAGCCAAAGGCUCGGCGCAGGGUGAAGAGGUUUCGGCUGUCUGA